AUGUCAUUUUUCGAUAAAAUUUUUAGCCAUAUAAGUAAAAAUAAUAAAAUUGAUAAUGAUUUGAAUGAAGAUUGUGAAUUUUACGGGGCUUUAAAUUUAUCAAUUAAAAAAGAAGAAAUAAGAUUUGUGUUGUUUAGAGAAUGCGAUAAGAGAGGAAGAAAAUUACUUUUCGAUUCAUUUGCUGUCGAUAAAAUACCGCUCAGGGAAACAAUGUGUUAUCAAAAUUGUCAGAAGCAGUGCAAUAGGAAAAAUAUUGAUUUUAUCGAAACGACUCCCACACAUGGCUACAAGUAUAAAAAACUAUCUGGGGAUGUCGCUUGUUUCGGAGAAAUGAUAUUCGGAUCAGUCGCCAUGACUUACAAGGGAGAAAAUUCUUGUAAGAUACAUAAAAUUCUCGAACCGAAGCAAAUAAUGUUUACUACAAUAUUCCAUGCACCUGUACGAUGUCACAUGGGUAUUUCAAAGGAUGAUAAUUCGUCUCGCAGUCAAACCUCGACGACGACAACGACAACAAACGAAAGUUGUUUGUCAGAUUCAAAUCUUUACAAUAAUUCUGGUCAGAUUUUAAUGAGUUGUUCGACUUGUCCAUGUCCUAAAUACAAUUCACCUACACAUAAUUCGAUUCAGUGUUGUGAUGUUAGUGAUGUCGAUUCGGGAUGUAAAAACAAAUGUGUUCAAAAUUUAGAGAAUAGUGAUAAAGUAGUGGUAGUGGUAGAUGGUAAUUCGAUUAUGAAACGUUCAUCACAGUUAUUAAAUUCAUCAUAUUUGAAAAAUUUAAAUGAAAAUUCAAUCAAUUCUUCGGAAUCUGAGAAUUUGUCUGAUAUGAGUGGGUCAUUGAGUAGUUUAAGAAGAAGAUGGGCUCAAUCAUGUUCUGCUUCACUCGAUUCGAAAACUAAUGAUAAUUUAAUGGACGUCGUCAGCAACAACGUUCAAUGUAAGAAAAGAGCCAAGUUGGGAAUGGCACUUUUAAUAGACAUAAGCAAUUGUAAAAACGACGAAAUGGAACAAUUUUUAUUCAAUCACACGAUUAUAAUCGAUAGCAUUAUGAGUAAACUUCAAUCCUCUGUCGAAUUGGCCUACGUGAAAAAUCAAAAUUUUGUCGAUCUCAUAUACACGGGAUUUACAAAUGCUCAAGAUAGUUUGUAUGACGUCAUAACAAGUUCAAAACAAAAAGUUCCUACUUGGAUAGCGUUGAGACAGAGCGACGUUAACGAUUGUGACGUCGUCGAUUCUAACCCAGAUAAUGAUAAUAGGGAUAACGAAUCGUUGAAAAGAAAAUUUUUAAAUGAAUUUUCCGACGUUUUGCUCAAGUUCGAUACGAAAGAUACAAAUUUCUUUAUGAGCACGUUGCUUACUGCCGUUUUAACCCAUCAUUUGAGUUGGGUCACUGCAAUCGCUGAGACUGAUAUUACUAAUCGUCACGAUAAAGUUAAGUCUGUGAUAAAAAAUUAUAAUCCGAUUUGGGCUCAAUUGAACGACCUUUACGGAUUGUUGGGAUCCCCCCUUAAAUGUGCCAAAACAAUUGUGACCGGUAGUGAAAUUAAAAAAAACUACAUCACUUCCAUACUGAGAGUUUUAACUUAUUUUAUACGGUGUUACAGUGUUACGGAAAACGUUUAUGACGUCAUCACGGUGGAAAACGUCGCGAAAGAAGUUAUCGAAUCGAAACAGUCGAAUUUCGAAUGGGAUUUCGAUCGUGCGAAAACCGUCACGGAAAAUUUGUCACCGUCCCGUGUGAUUUACAAAGGUGAAUCUUCCCCGAAAUCCGUGGAUAGGGAACGGGAAAUGGGAAAAAAUUACGAAAUCCCUUGUUUUUCCGGCGACGGGAUUUUAAAAAGAAAUAAAAGUUUCACUCAGAUCGUCGAUAGGGAUCAUCGUGAGAAGGGAAAAAAUAAAAACUUGCUAUAUCCGGACAUAAGGGAUUUGUUAAAAUGUGAAAAUUUAAACGAAUCCGAUUUGGAUUUGAUUUCCGGAAACGAUUGUUGUACGGUCGGAGGGAAAUCAACGGCUGUCGGAAACGUGACAAGGUUCGCGGUCGACGAACCUUUUCCUAGAGUAAAUAUCAACGGAACGGAUUGUUUGAGUUCGGACGAGGGUUACAGCACGAUUGACUCGAACAAAGCUGAAAACAUAUCGUUUGAAAAUCUCAAACCGGAAACGGGGGUGUCGAAAACGAGAGACCGGAAAAAAAACGAAAUCGUUUUCCUUUUGGGAGACAAUGAAAAAUUAACUUGUUCGAAUAAGAAAAUAGUUUUAAAUAAACCCGAUAUAAUAGAAUUUGAAAGGGAAAAUUGUGAAACGGGAAAAUUUAACGAUGAUGAUGAUGAUGAUGGUGAUGACGUAACGAAUCGAACGGUUGAAAACAAUAGUGAUAAUGAUAAUGAUAGGUUUUUUUUAAAAGAUCGGACGUUGAACGAACACGUUUCCGGUGACGAAAAAAAAUCAUCGCCAUUCAAUAACGGGUCGACGAAAUCCAAAGGUCAAGGUCACGAUAAAAAUGAAUUUUAUUUCCCGUGGGUCGUUACCGAAAUACCUUGUCCAGAGAUUGCGAAACCGACGGGGAAGAAGCAGUUGGAAGUGAGCGCGGUUUUCGGGGGAGUCAACCAAAGGUACAAUUCCGAACAGAUAAUUCAAGGGAUCACGGAACCCAAAAACGAAUGGAAGGAAAAACUACAGAAAGAUUUAUUUCACUGCGCGUACAAUUCGACUUUCGAAAAAGACGUAAGCGAAGCAUUGUGCAUAAUCGGCGACGUCGAUUCGUGGGAAGUUACCGUACAUUCCAGCAAAACUUCGACACUGGACAAAAACAAAGAAUCGGGAAUCAGAGUCGGAAUGUCGCAACUCGUGUCCGACAUGUUGGAAUCCUUUGUUUGCCUUCACAAAAUGAAAAUAUCCGAAACGUUUUGCUUUCAUCACGUGGAGAAAAAAUUGAGGGAAAUUUAUUUGAAAAGUAAAACGGUUGCCGAACUCCUCAACACGAGAGAAUUGUGCACGAUAGAUUUUCUAACGGAAAAAUUAGACGUUGGAAUCAACGACAUUCCGCUUUUGCUCUCUGUUGCCACGAUUCAUUCGCCACAAAUUUCACAAAAAUACGGUCUUUCGUUCACUUGA